AUGGCUAAUGAGAAAGUCCACCAGAUAAGCGCCAGCAACAGCAGAGAGACAACCGAAGAGCGAGACCAAGGCAACAAGAACAAGGAGGCCAAGACAAACAAGAAGAGCCGAAAAGGAAGAGAAACGAAGGAAAGGGAAGGCGAGAGGGCAAGGCACAGGGAGAACAGAAAGGCAACAAGAACGAGGAGGGCAAGACAAACAAGAAGAGCCGAAAAGGAAGAGAAACGAAGGAAAGGGAAGGAGAGAGGGCAAGGCACAGGGAGAACAGAAAGGCAACAAGAACAAGGAGGCCAAGACAAACAAGAAGAGCCGAAAAGGAAGAGAAACGAAGGAAAGGGAAGGCGAGAGGGCAAGGCACAGGGAGAACAGAAAGGCAACAAGAACAAGGAGGCCAAGACAAACAAGCAGAGCCGAAAAGGAAGAGAAACGAAGGAAAGUGAAGGCGAGAGGGCAAGGCACAGGUAG